AUGCAGACGAAGCCUAGGGUCUCAACAUCAAAGCCGCAGGUACCACCCGACCUUGCGCACCGGUCGCAUCCCAUCUCCGGCAAGUUGUACGUCAACUUAAUCCCGUACAUCCAGUCCAGUGGACCAACUCCGGCCAGCCCGUCCACGUUGUACACGCUCGAUGUCCAGCGCCAUGAAUCUCAGCGUAUCGUACCUCGUGAAGCAGCACGGCGGCGACGGCGCGGUGGCGUUGGCGAGAACGCGGAAGAGUUUGAAGGAGGUGCAGGCGGUGUAGAGCUCGUCGCACGAGUGGCCGGAGAAGUUGAAGCAGAGGGAUCUGUAGUGGUUGAGCACGGGGGAGUCGGCGGAGCAAUUGACGAGGGCGAAGACGGUGUCCGGCGACGGCGGGAUGGUGGCGGACUGGAUCUCGGUCAGGGAGAAGUCGCGGCGGGGCUGGAGGAUGGAGCAAGAGCCGGAGGGGGUGAGGAAGAAAAGGCCCGCGGCGGAGCAGUUGAGGGCGCGGCGGAACUGGGCAGCGCCGCAGCCGUCGUCGAUGGCAAAGGGAAGCUUCGGCAGAGUACGGCGGCUGCUGGCGAUAUGAAGAGAAGGGCGGCUGCGGCUGCGGCUGCGAGUAUCAUCCACGAAAACCUUCCGGCUAGAUACUCGAAUCAAAUAAACAAAGUCUUUUGCUUCUACCGAGGACGAAUUCGGCGAGUUAUCUCAGCAAAAGAGAAGAAGAGAUUUCUGGUUUGUUGUUUCUCGGUACAAGAGCUCAAGACCUGA